GCAGAGUUUGUAGGUAGUGUUACGAAUCAUUAUUGGUUGUUCAUGUUAUGUUGACCAUUUUGUCAUUAGUGGACUAAAUGUUAUUAUUGGACAGUAAAGUCAUGCAGUCAUUUAGGUGUAUACUCACGAAAGGGAUUCCAUUGCAAAUUGCCUAUCGAUAUCGAAGUUAUGGUAUCAGAUUAAAAAGUUUUGAUCCACCUUAUUUGUCUGUCAAACCAUCUAUUCAUAUUUAUCAAAGUGUGCAGUUUGAUGUAAGAGGACAUGACUACGUGCAGCUAGAGAAGUUCACUUCAUACAUUCACAAGUUUUUCAUCAAUUGUGGUUAUGAAGUUGAAAAUUUUCCACUGCCUCCCAGCAAGAAGCUCUAUCGACUGUAUCAUACUAAUUCGACAAAUAUCCGGUCAGAUUUCGAAAUAUCUGAAUUUCGAAGAAUAUAUAGAAUAUCGGGUGUGAGAGCUGUUCACUUACCAAUAUUAUUAGAUCUGAUCUACCAGAAUUUAUCUUCAGGGAUUAACAUUCAUAUCGGAAAGACGGAUACUUCCUUAGAGGAAAAUCGUUUCGUUCCACAACUUGAAAAAGAAGCAUUGGAAAAGGAACUGUCGAAACUCAAAUUUUAAAAAUUUCCUGACUUUUGGCAUUUUGUACACAAAUUCAACUAGUUCUUAAGCAUUGACAUUUCUGUUUAUUGUUCUAUUCGAUCGAGAUCUUAAGGUACAUAAAAAGCUUCCAUGUCAGGAAUUCGAUUAUGGUGAAAAAUGUCCGUAUAAAUAAGGCGUAAAAUAUCCAUCUAUCAUUAAUACUUUUCCAUAAUUCUCAUGUAAUAAAGAGUAACUUUUGAGUUCAUCUCCCUAAAUCUUUUAUUACAUUUUGCAAGUAACGAUUAAGCGUUGAUUCAUUGUAUGAUUACAUUACUAUAUUUCCUAACUUAAGCAAUAGAAGCCAUUCAUAUAUUCAUCUUUAACAUAUGCUGUUAGUAAGAAGCGAAUAAUAAACCACCAAUUUAGUUAUAUUUGCUCAUCAAAGUAGUUUAUUUAGUUGAUAUUAUAAAUUGUAUAUGUACAUUAAGUUGUUAAUUAUGUAACGUUAAGUAUUAUUCAGUUCAUUGUAUUCACACACGACUAGUGAUUAGAUAGGUAAAUCAGAUAUCAUUUGGUGUAUAUAUAGUUUUGCAUUUAUUUUUGAUGGAUAAUAAAGUUUUUAUCUUUGG